UGAGGAGGAAAUAAUCACAGUGUUCCCUUCUCAUGAAUUAUUAAGUAGCCCCCUGCCUCUUUUAGCUUGACUCAAAAUGCUGCAUUUUCAUCUGUGGGUCUGAAGCGGAGAGCAAGGGUGUUUUUUUUGACAGCUGUAUUACUGCUGAUAAGCAAGACUCUGCGAGAUGAUCAAGUACUGAGACACGCAUCCAGAACAGCAGCACAGCAGCACUAUUCACUACGAGCAGUGGCAGUCAGUAGCAGCAGCAGGAGCAGCAGCAGCACUAACAGCAGCAGCAGCAACAGCAACUCUCUCGUGCCUUUUUCUUCUUCUUUGUGGAGUUGUAAUCUGUUCUGAGGACAACAGCCAGAGAAGACGGGACAAGUGGAUCAGGGCUGACAGCUGUCAUCAAAACAACCCCAAACGCAGAGCUGGCUGCCCACAUGCCGAUCGAAUUUGUUUGCAAAAUCAAAUUUGCAGAGGAGGAUGAGAAGCAGAAAGGCAAGCAGGAUGGGGACAAGGAGAGCCUGAUUGAGGAGAGCUGCUCACCUCCAGCUAAGGACCUGGUCGGCUUCGCCAACUCCAGCUCUCUCCACGGGAUUAACCACAUCUUUGUCUCGGGGCGCCUGGGCAUUCGGCAGACCCUCUGGGCACUUGCCUUUUUGGCUUCUCUGGCACUCUUUCUGUACCAGGCGGCAAAGUGUGCCAUCUCUUACCUGGAGCACCCUCACGUCACCGCUCUGAAUGAGGAAGCGAGCCCUGAGAUGGUCUUUCCCGCUGUGACCAUCUGCAACAUCAACCGCUUCCGCUUCUCCGCUCUCACCGACGCCGACAUCUACCACCUGGCUAACCUCACAGGUCUACCACCAAAAAACCGGGAUGGCCACAAGCCCACCGAUUUGGACUAUCCUGCGCCGGACAUGCAGGACAUCUUCAACCGGACAGGACAUCAGCUGGACGAGAUGCUGAAGAGCUGCAACUUCAGUGGACAGAACUGCUCUGCUGAGGACUUCUCUGUGGUCUACACCAGAUACGGAAAAUGUUACACUUUCAACGGGAACAAGUCGACGUCCAGGAAAACCAAGCAAGGUGGAAUGGGAAAUGGCCUGGAGAUUAUGUUGGAUAUUCAACAGGACGAGUAUCUCCCCAUCUGGAAAGAGACAAAUGAGACGUCGUUAGAGGCAGGGAUCCGCGUGCAGAUCCACAGCCAGGAUGAGCCUCCCUACAUCCACCAGCUGGGCUUCGGAGUCUCCCCGGGAUUCCAGACCUUUGUUUCAUGUCAGGAACAAAGGCUGACCUACCUGCCCCAGCCCUGGGGGAACUGCCGCUCCACCAGCGACCAGAUGAUCCCGGGAUACGACACCUACAGCAUCAGUGCCUGCCGCCUGCGCUGCGAGACCAGGGAGGUGCUCCGGGAGUGCAACUGCAGGAUGGUGCACAUGCCAGGAACUGCCGAUAUCUGCACUCCCAGUAACAUCAAGUGUGUUGACAAGGCGCUUGCCCUUCUCCAGAAGAGCACUGGGGACACCUGUCCCUGUGAGACACCAUGCAACCUGACCCGCUACGGCAAGGAACUCUCCAUGGUCAAGAUCCCCAGCAAGGGCUCCGCUCGCUACCUGUCCAGGAAGUACGACAAGUCUGAGGAGUAUAUCAGAGACAACUUUCUGGUGCUGGACAUCUUCUUCGAGGCUCUUAACUACGAAACAAUUGAACAAAAAAAAGCGUACGAUGUUGCAGGUUUACUAGGUGACAUUGGAGGCCAGAUGGGCUUGUUCAUUGGAGCCAGUAUUUUGACAAUCUUAGAAAUUUUGGAUUAUGUUUACGAGGUGAUCAAGCACAGGCUGCAGCGUCUGCUGAGGCCACAGAAGGAUGAGAAGAAACAACAGACGACCACAGUUGCAACUGUGGAUCUGCAAGAUAUGAAAGCCAGUAAGGAGUCCAGUGAUAUGACCAUGAUCAGAAGUCAUCCUGAAGGAGCUUACGCCAAUACGAUUCUACCGAACCACCAUCUCCCCCACCACCAAGGACAGCCACAUGUGUUUGAGGACUUUGCCUGCUAGAGCCGGCGGCCAUCUUUCCAUCCUGAUGACAACAAAAGUUGUGUCCUCUCUGGGCUGGAUCGGGCAUCAAAACAGACCCUGGGACCUCAGUUCUAUACCUUUCUUGCUGUCACCAGUGAAAAAGCUACAGCCAAAGUUGAACACCAAACCUGUGCUGCAAACAGACCACUUGUAUGUAAGCACAGAUUGGACCCCACAUUACUGUCCAGCUGGAGACGCCCACCUUCAAUCUUCCUACAAUUGACAGCUGGCCACUCUGCGAUUUCUAUACUGGUUAUUUUGGUACAUGGUCACCACAUGGGAACAAGACAAGGACUGCAUGUCAUUUUGAGCCAUCUUGAUUCAUUUCUACUCAACUCCAGUAUCUUGAUUUGUGUACCUUUCUUAAUUUGUUAUUAUUAUUCUCAAUAAGUUCUCACUCAGCUCACUGUUUUUGAAUCAUUGUAAAAUAUGUCAUUAUUUGAUGAGACAUCAUUUCCCCUUUAUAUUGUAUACAAGAUGAGUAUAAGACAGGUGGUCAUAUUCAAUCGAACCAUUAUACAGAGAUAUCAAACAAAAUCAGAGGAAUUACAUUGAUCUUUUGGCGUGUUAAAACCAUACUAUCCUCGCUUUGAUGAUAGGGCCCAUACUGCGUACCAGCUAUACACUAUUUAGUAUUUAUUAGGAUCCCCAUUAGCUGCUGCCAAGGUAGCAGCUACUCUUCCUGUGGUCCAAGCAGGGUUAAAACAAUUACAUCACAACCAAACACAACAGCCGAAAUCAUAAAUAAAACAACGCAUCAUACAAUAUAUUACAUUAUUGCUCUUUUAUUACAAAUGUACAAUAUAAAAUCCACAAUACCACAUUACAAAUGUGUGUGUGUGUGUGUGUGGAGAGUGAGUGUGUUAGAUUGUGUGUAAGUGUUUGGGUCUCUUCACAGUCCUCGUUGUGCCAUGAGGUGUUGUUUUAUCUGAUUUUAGUGCUCGCUUGAGUUAUUUGGUGUGGAAGAGAGUUCCAUGUAGUUAUGGCUCUAUGUAGUACUGAGUUUCCCAGAGUCUGUUCUGGACUUCGGGACUGUGAAGAGACCCCUGGUGGCAUUUCUUGUGGGGUAUGUAUGGGUGUCUGAGCUGUGUAUUAGAUGUUUGAACAGACAGUUUGGUGCUUUCAACACGUCAAUACCUCCCACAGAGGCAAGCAGUGAGGAGGUCAAUCUCUCCUCUACUUUGAGCCAGGAGAGAUUGACAUGUCUGGUUUAUGGGAAAGGUGUUUUAGAGAGUAGCAUUAUACAUUUACAUAGGUUCAACCUGAACACAAAGAGAAAGCACUGUUUUAAAUGGAUAAUUAUUAAUUUAAUUCAACACUAAUACUAAUUUUUGUAAUUGAUUUAUAUAUUUUAGAGAAAAUUAUUUUAAAAAUAUAUACAUAUAUAUAUAUAUAUAUAUAUAUAUAUAGCUGUUAUGAUUGUAGUAAUCACACUGACAUAUUGUUUAUUAGCAAAACCAGUCAGAAAGAUGAUUGGAAUUGCCUUGCUCCAUCCAAGCAACAAAAUGCACAUAGAUAUGGUUAGUAUGACUGUCAUUAUUUGUAUUUUAUUUACUGACUUGGGUGAAGUUCUUACAACAAUUAUGGUGUCCAUAUUGGGUCAUCAUUCAAAAAGGCAAUGAAUAGCAAGCAACAAGCUGUGCUGUGAAUCCCCUUGACAUGGAUGAAUCAGAAUACACACAAUUGAGCACAUUCCACAGUCUGUAGUAGCUGAGCGCCUCUAUUUAAAGAAAGGGCCAGAAGAGUCCUUUCCCAUAAAUCCCUGUUGGAAGCAAAGUUGCUUCCAAAAUAAUUGCUUUAUGUCUCCUGCACAAUCUCUUGGCUUAGAUAGUGAAUUUGUUACAGUAAAAGUUUAUCCUGGACUAAAACUGCUGUCCACUCCAGUGUAGAACAGCCUCAGUGAAAGACCUAUCACUUUGACUACUGUCUGAAAAUCGACUGUAGGUAUACGAUUUUGUAUUUUGCUGGGUUAUUCAUUUAUACCUCACAUUACAGCACACAAUCACAUAAAU